AUGACGCUCGUCUUGCCCGGAGAACAAAUUCUUGCAGAACAGGUCAACGUCAAAAGGCUCGGUCCUGGCCUCGAGCAGCUCUUCAGCUCCGAUGGAGAGUCGUACAUCAUGUCGACUCGCGCUGGCGAGCUCAAGCAUAUCACGAAGCGAAAGGAGUGGUUCGUAGAUAGUAACUCUCGACGGUACAUCCCGAGCGCGAAUGAGGCGGUCGUUGGGAUGGUCAUCUCCCGCAGUGGAGAGAACUGGAGGGUGGACAUCGAUUCUGCGCAUAUGGCGGCUCUGGACGGGCUCGCAUUCGAGGGGGCCACAAAACGGAAUAGACCCAACUUGAAGGUCGGGUCGCUGCUUUACGCCCGAGUGUCGCUCGCACACAAAGAUAUGGAACCAGAAUUGGAAUGCUUCGACGCACAGACUCACAAAGCGGAAGGCUUUGGAGAGCUCAAAGGCGGUUUUCUCGUCCAAUGCAGUCUCAAGAUGUGUCGACUACUGUUGGACCCAAAGCAUUUCCUACUCCCUCUCCUAGGCUCGAAAUUCCCGCUUGAAACUGCCGUCGGGUUGAAUGGACGCGUGUGGGUGAAUGCACAGGAUGCAAAACACAUCAUUGCCGUCUCUCGGUGCAUCGAAGCUGUAGACCCCGAUGGGGGCGGGAUGGACGAGGCCGGGGUGAAGAAAUUCUUGGGUACACUGGAUAUCUGA